AUGAGGCCACGCUCGCCAACGUCGUGGCGCGCGCUCGAGUUCGCCCGGGACCGGGACCCCGCCGCCGCCGUGUCAGUGUCGCCGGCCGCCAGGGACCUCGUCGCCGCGCUGCUCGUCAAGGACCCCCGCGUCGCCUCGGCCAUCAAGCGGUACCCUUUCUUUGGCGGCGUCAACUGGGCGCUGCUCCGGUGCACUAAGCCCCGAUACGUGCCGCCGUCGUUCAGCGUGCGUAACGGUAAGGCUGGCGGCGGCGGCAGCGUUAGUGGGACCGGCGAUGCCGAUGCCAACGACGAUGAAGACGAGGAGGACUUGUCGGACGGCAGUCGUCCCUUUACAGGUGAACUGUUUCCUGUUUCUCCUAUGCCAACAAUUAUCCGUGAGCUGACUAAGACACGGCCGUGCACUUCUAGUGGCAGCAGCAGCAGCAAUGGUGAUGGUGGCUUGGGUAUCAAAGAGAUUGCUGCCAUAGCUUCAGCAUCAGCCAUUGUCGUGGUUCUGUUAGUUGCACUGACCCUGUGCAUCUGCACAAGGAAAUAUCCUCUGAGACCAUCAAAGCGCUCUUUAGGUAGAAGGAAAGUCAGGGUUUUCGCAGAUGUUGAAAUUGGAGCCCCACUGACAUAUGAGACUGUUGUCCGCGCUACUGGGAAUUUCAAUGCUAGCAAGCUCAUCGGCAACGACGGCUUUGGCGCGACAUACAGAGCCGAGGUGGCACCAGGAGUUCUUCUGGCAAAAGAGGCUUGCUAUUGGGAAGCAGCAUGGCGUCACUCUCUUGGGGUACCACAUCAGCGAGUCGGAGAUGUUUAUGAUAUACAACUAUCUGCCAGGUGGCAAACUGAAAAGAUACGCAUUGUUAUUGGGGUGCUGCUGAUGGUGCUGUCACCGAUUGGAGGACUCCGGCAGAUGAUUCUGAAAAUCAAGACUUACAAAUUCUACCAAGACUACCCUGGUUGA